GACAGAUGCACCGCAUUGUCAAGCCAUAAUGGAGGGAAGCAAAGAAAAGAGAUGCUCUGUAUGAUUAGCCCAAGAUAUCGAUCCUUCCCGUCCGGGAACUCCAGGGAAUUUACUGUAACUUCAGAUCAACGCUCUUUCCUCUUGCUGUCAUUGAUAGGUCUCAAUGUCAUUGUCAACUGUUUGAAUCUGCAACCAAUUGUAUCAGUAUUUACAGGAUCAGAAGUGAUCGGAGGGAGAGAUUUCGCAGUGAUAUCUUCUGUUUCAGAGACACACUGACUUAGUGACUGACUAACUCUGAUAUCUCAGCUCACCAGAGAGUACUGAGGGGGUUGCAGCGAGGCAAGGAGGGAGGGAGGGUGGAUGACGGCGAGAGCGUGUUGGAGGCGCACACACACACACGCUCUCGCAUACAGCCUUACAGAGACAGGAGGGCAGAGACACGGAGAAGAAGAGGAGUGAGAGAGAGAGAGAAGGAGAGAAUGUCUGCUGAGAGGGUGCCUCUCGUUCCUCGUUCACAAACCGGCCCUCGCUGAGACACCAUGGGCUGUAUCGGCUCCCGCACCAUCACGGCGGAUGCAGUUCCCGUUCGGAAAGAUGGGGAGCAGCAGGGACGUGCCGAGUUUUCCUGGGAAGGAAUCAAUCUGUCCAUGGAGGACACCACCUCCAUUUUGCCCCGUCUGAAGCGGAACUCCAACGCCUAUGGGAUUGGAGCUCUGGCUAAGUCCUCUCUGACAGGUGUGUCAGGGGUUACCAGAUCAAUGAAGGACAAAGUGACCAAGCCCACUGCCAUGGCUCAGGGUCGCGUGGCCCACAUGAUUGAGUGGCAGAGCUGGGGCAAACCAUCCGCAGGGCCGGAGGGGGGAGCGGGACGCUCCAAUCUAAUCCGCGAGAGGGAGAGACGGCUUGAAAACGACGCUUAUAGUGACUUGAGUGAUGGAGAAAAAGAGGCACGGAUGGCAGCGGGUGUCAUGCAGCAGUUUGCCAUCUCUGAGGCCACACUUUUAGCCUGGAACUCACUGGAUGGAGAGAGUCUGUGUGCCGACUCGAACCAGGGCAGCGUGGCUCAUCUUAGCGAGGUCAACCAGGAGAGCAUCACCAGCAGAGACCAGCCGUUGCAUCACUCCUCUGCAGAAGUGUGGCCUCACACCUACGUCUCCCAGGGCCUUUACUGUCUCUCCUCCUCCGAUGCCUGGGAGCCAAUCAGCAACGAGCCCUCGGGCGUGGCUUCUCCCGCCGCUGGCUCUUACAUCAUGGCGGGCGGGGCUUCGGGUGAGGGUUUUGAUGGCCACUAUCUGACACAGCAGCAGAUGACGCUACAGCAGCAGAACCACUUCCAGCAGCUCCAACAGUAUCAGCAGUACCAGCAGCAGCAGCUCCUGCAGUACCAACAGUCUUUGGAGCACCGACUGCACAGCGCCUCCCAUUCUUUACAAGCCACGCCCAACAGCACUAUUCACAGUUUGGGUCCGCCCACCCACCCGCGAUUGGCUGACCUGUGGGCGGCGGCUCAGGUGGAGCCCCAUCAAGUGGAGAUGUUGGGACACAUGGGGGCCACCAUGGCUGAAAUGGGAAUGGCAGAAGUGUAUGGCGAGGAGCCUGUUUUAGAGACCGAAUGCAUCCCGGAGCAGCAAGAGGAGGAGGAAAUCAAGGAGGAUGACAUAACGCUUACCCUUGAACCUGAAUUGACCUCCGUCACCCCCGCUCUGACCCCUCCGCCCCAGCCCCAGAGAGAGGACUCCACUCCGCCUGCAGGCCUGAGCCCGGGACAAGCACCAGCAGAACCCAUGGCUGAGCACAUCACCUACGAUGUCACAUCGUGCGUCGUCCAAUCGCUGGAGGAGAAGGAGGAAGAGGUGGAGGAUGGGGCUAUGCUUGUUGUGGCAACCAACUGACGGAGCGAGGAACAAAUAAACCCAAACUGUCUGUGAAAUAAUCAACCAGUUAAGCUAUUGUAUACGCCCUUUUACCCCAGAUGUGUACUCGUACGGACUGUCACAUCAGGAUCUAUUUGUUAUUAAACGCUGAAGGAAUACGCUCUCAAAGCGCCGGGCGCAUAUAGAGACUAAAUAUGGAAGAGCGUCAAAGCCCAGGAUGACGCAUCAUAUGUGCUGCUGCUGCUGCAUCUGCUGAUUUACGAUGGGAGCGCUGGAAUUCGAGGCCACUUGCAAAUCAAGAGUGCAAUACUGAGAAAUCAAUACAACCAAAAGAAAGUGCAUGCAUUUUUUGGGGAGGGAAGGGGAGUAUUUAAGUGACUGAACAGUACCCACAUAGUAAUAAUACAUAUAUUGAUUUUUGUAAUAAAACUAAAAGCCAAUGAAACAUGAUGUAUUUGUAUGUAUAUAUUACAUGUAUGUACUGUAUGUAUGUAUGUUAGUAUGAAUGUAUGAAUGUAUGCGUCUUUAAAAGGUAUAUCCUGGAAAAAAAAAUGUUACGAAUUUGCCGUUUGCGUGAAGUGUCCCCUAUGUACCUCCACACACACACGCACACACACACACAAUCACUUAAGGACCGUUUACACCAAGAAUGAAAACUAUAAGUGCAAUUUUAAAUCCUCAAGCUUUUUAAAGCAAGAUUUUUACGUUUAGAAUGAUUACUAAUACUAAAGCAUUAUUGUUAUUGUUAAAGUCGUCCUACUGCAAUACGAUAACGACAAACUUAACGAUUACUAUUUGUACGUCCCCAUUAUUUCUUACAAGUGUACAUUGCAGUUUUGUCAAUGUUAUUACUUGAUUGUAUGGGCGUUAUCAAUGUUUAUUAGUUAAUAUAUAGGGCCAAUUGGGGACUUCUGCACCUACUGGUAGGCAUAGAAGACUGUUCUCAUCCAUCCACAUGGUUAAUCAGCUAUAGAUGACAUAUGGCUGCUAGCAGAAGUUGCGAAUUAUUUAUUAAAUUUCGCAUAAAUUGUAUAUUAUUAACAUCUACCCCCACCCUAAACCCAACCAUCUCAGUAAUAAGAACACUGAUCUGAAGUCUUCUCUAUUAGUAUAGCUGAUUAACCAUGUGGAUGGCUGAUAACAGCCUUCUGAGCCUACUUGUAGGCGCAGAAGGCCCCUACUGGCCCAAAUCUAUCAGUUGAUAAUCACUGAUAAGUGAAUGAUAACAUUCGAAGCGGGUGGUUUUGUCGUUAAAGUGAUUCCAAUUACAUAAUUUAAUGAUUAAAGUGUGGACUUUUUUUUGCAUUUAAAACUGUCACUAUGUAACAAUUUAUGUUAUAUAAGCAACUGUUUAGGCGGCACAGUGGCUCAGUGGUUAACACUGACACCUCACAGCAAAAAGGUCGCUGGUUCAAGUACCGGCUGGGUCAGUUGGCAUUACUGUGUGGAGUUUGAAUGUUGUCCACGUGUUCGCGUGGGAUUUCCUCCUGGUGCUCUGGUUUCCCCCAGUCCAAAGAUAUGCUCUUUAAGUGAAUUAAAUAAACUAAAUUGACUGUAGUGUAUG